CUGAAAUUAAGAGGUAACUGCAGGUGAAUAGUCUCACAUUUUUCCUUUGCUAAAAUUGUCUUGCAUAUGAUUUUUAUAUGUUUGAAAUAAUUAGACAACACCUUAUUUAAUAUGCUAAGAAAGUUGAUAUUAAUUUAAAAGUGUUAAGCACUUUGGGGAAGAAAAUGUGGUCAAGAACCAGGAAGUUAAUGGAAUUAUUUGAAGAAAAUGGCCUAAAUUAGGGAUGUCUUUAAUAGAAUAUUUUAAUAGAAAUGGCCAUUAAAAACAUUUUUAAACAUUUAAUACAAUUUAUUGGUGUAUUUAUAUCCAUUAACAUUCUUACUAAAUUUUUAAGCAAUACCUAAAAGUAGAGAUCUCUAAAUAUUAUUUCAAAAAUAUGCCCAACUUUAAUAGAACAGCCUUUAAAAAAAUAAAUAGUGUUAAUAUAAUAGGUUAAUAUAAUAAUAUUUUGGUAAAGUUUGACUAUUGUGGAAAGUAGCCUAUCAUGUAGUUUCCUACCUCUAUGUGAAACCUUUAUUUCUAAGAGCCCAUUGCCACACAGAGAUCUUUAAUAUGUAUUAUUUAAGGUUUUUUAAUUAUUAUUCAACAAGCCAAAGCAUGAAGUGACUCAACAUUGGUUGCAUGUGGAUGUUUGUCUGAGCUCUUAAAUAUUGUAAAGCUGCAGGAUGUUUGUGUUGUAAGCACGCUCUCAAACUUGUUUUAUUUUCCAGUAAUAUUUCAGCAUGGUUUUAUAGGAAUAUCAGCCUGUGUACAGAGCAGGAGCUGUGGGAGGUUUUGUUUUUGUUGUUAUGGAGCAUUAAAUAAACUGCAUUGAAUAACGUGUAGCGCCGCCUGUUGGUGAAUGAGCCGCAUGAAAGGAAGUGUUUACAUCACCAUGACAACCGCCAGUGUUUGUGGUCUCCGUGGAGACCGUUAUAAAUAAACCUCCUCAGGGAAGCACAGCAGUCCCGUGAGAGAACAACUUAACUCAUUUUAUUUACGUAUACCUUAAAUUGACGUGAAUCUAGAUUAGAGUAAAAAUCCAUAAUGUCUGUAAAUACAAGACACGGGCUUCCUUUCCUGCCAGGAAACUCAUUUCGGGAUUUAACGAAAUCCGCUUUCCACAGAGCUCAGACUCUGGAUUUAAACGGUUACGCUCUGCCCCGGCGGCCCGCGGUCGGUACCGGACAAGAUCCGCUGCUGUCGGUGAACAUCAGUCACAGCGAGAGGAACCAGUUGAUUAGAGACAUCCCGAGCCUGACCUACGGGACCGACACACACCGAGCCCCGCCGCUCAGCUUCAUACCGGCACACGCUGCUUACGACAAGAAGGUGCUGCGUUUCUAUGGUUACUUCCGGCAGGAAGUGUUACACUCCCCAGAUGAACACUUCCGCAUUCGUCCGGUGGUGAUUUAUUAUCACCUGGAGGACGACAGCAUGUGUGUGACCGAGCCUCCGGUGGAAAACUCUGGAAUUCCACAGGGAAAGCUGAUCAAACGUCAGAGGCUGCCCAAAAACCAGUGCGGAGAUCUGUACCACUGGAAAGACCUCAACGUCAGGAUGGACAUGAGCUUGUUUGGAACGGUCUACAGGAUAACACACUGCGACGCCUUCACACAGGACUUCAUGGAGAGUCAGGGAAUAGAACUAAAUGAGUCCGAGUCUAUUCCCAAUGAUCCGUACACCAUCCGGCGAGUUCAGGCACAACAAACCCACAUCACACCCUACGACCACAAUCAUCAGCUGGAGCGCUUCCUCGCCCUGGAUCGACAGGUGCUGCGUUUCUAUGCGCUCUGGGACGACUCAGACUCUCUCUACGGGGAGAAGCGGCCUGUAAUGCUGCAUUACUAUCUGGUGGACGAUUCGGUUGACAUCUGCGAACAUCACGAGGCCAACAGCGGCCGGGACCCGUUCCCAGUGCUGCUCCACAGACAGAAGGUUCCCAAACACAUCAAAUCAUCCUGCGAGCCGUUCCCCAGCUGUGUUCUGGAAGUUUCUCCACAAGACGUGAAGGAGUAUUUCUCUCCUCAGGACUUCAGGGUCGGUGAGGAGGUCACGCUGAUGGGGAGGCGCUUCCUGCUCUAUGACUGUGACGACUUCACCCGGAAAUACUAUGAACAGAAUCACCCCGACAUCCUGCUCAAACCAUUCACUGUAGACACCAGAACACAGCAAGACAUCACGAAGGUUAUUUAUAAGUGUUUCGGUUUGGUUUAGGUGUAGUUGAAUAAGUUUAAGAACUGUCUGUCCCUGAUUCCUGAACCGCCCAAGAAAGACGUGAUCAAACUGCUGGAGAACGACAACAAAGUCCUGCGUUACAUGGCACGGCUGGAUUCCCAGAAUCCCCUGGAUGAGGGCCGACGCUUCAUUCUGUCUUACUACCUGUCUGAUGACAUGAUCAGCAUCUUUGAGAAAUCAACACGUAAUUCCGGCAUCAUCGGAGGAAAAUUCCUAGAGAAGACUCGUGUCCCAAAACCAGGAAGCUCUGUGGAAAACCCAGAAUACUUUGGACCUGCAGACUUCUCCAUUGGAGCGACUGUGGAGGUGUUUGGCCAUCGGUUUGUCCUGAUGGAUGCUGACCGUUACGUGUUGAGUUAUCUGGAGUCACUGUCCCAUCACAUCCCUGAACACACUCUCUCUUCACUGAGACAGAAGUUUGGGGUCAGUAAAACCUUAGACCAGGAGGAACAACAUGAAGCUGAGACUGAUGGAGCUGCGGUCGUCUUCCAGAACUGAAAUCUGCUCUAUAAUGCUUCCCAUCAUCACAAGAUACCAACACGUCAUCAUCAAAAAACUUUUUUUUUCUUCCAUGUUUGUUCUUUUUGAUGUUGAGAUUGUUCAUGUAUUGUGGUGUUAAUGUGCAAUAAAGACAGAGAGGAAAACAAGCAUCUGUAAAAUGAACAAUUUUGAAGCUCAUUUAUGUAGAAUUUGACUGUUUUUACAAAAAUGUCCACGUCUUUUUUCACCACAAAAUUAGAAGACAAUAAUUAUCUUUUACUUAUGAACAUUAGGCUGGAUUUAUCUAAAGAAAAAAAAGUUAUAAAAUAUUAAGGUGAAUUUUAUGGUCCAAAAGUACAUGCAAAUCUGGAAACAUUAACUACCCAAAUACAUUCCUAGGACUUUUUUUUAUUAUUAUUUGUAAAAGGACAGUUUUAAAUGUCUGAUUAGAUAUUAUCCUACACAAGGAUGCCUUGUGCAAUACAACAAAUGAAAUAAAUUGAACUGGAGAAUUUUCUGAAUGUGUGUAUAUUCAUCAGACACCUGAUGCAUAAAGGCUUAGACUCUUACAAUUUAGU